AUCUGGCCAAGACCAAUUUGACAGAGAUUUUUGAGGACAACCAAAAGGAUCUUGAAAUGGCUGUUGAGAACUUGUCUGAGAUGUUUGAGAAGCCCAUCAAUGAGCUAUCCGACCCGAAGCUGAAGGUCGAUAUCAUGGACAAGACAUCUUAUUGCAACAAGAGACGUAUUAUUCUGCUUGAAGAUACUGCCGAGAACCUUGCCAAAGCCAAGUGGACGUUUAACGCAGAUCUCAUGAACGGAUCAACAUUGCUGCUUAACAACCCCUAGACUAUGUCUUUGGCUCCGUUUGUUGAGACCCAUCAGUUUCUAUCGUGGGAAAUAGACCGAUGCGCCUGGCCGCUGCUAGCAAGUCCGUUGCCUAUCUCGCGAUGGGCCAGCAUACGACAUGACUGGGGCAUUUUACCUAGAAAGCACGCGUGGCUCAGCAUCUAUAUUCGGCGAUUACGUACAAGCCAUGCACCCGCACACCAAUGCAUACAUGCUUUAGUAGCAAACCGGGAUAUUCCUGUUCUUUCUCUUGUCGACGACGUUGAGUCAUCCCCACUCAUUCAACAUAUUUGCAUUGCGUCGUCGAGAUUUUUCGUUCCCCCAAACAUAGACUAGUAGUGUUAUUUUAUGAUAUUUUACGACUUAACAAUUGGCGUCUUAGGAAUUUGGCACGGUAUAUGGGAACAGGUGGAUUAUACGAUUUCCCCCCUUUUCUUCUGCUUAGUCUUGGCACUUUAUGCUUCUCAUUUUGCACUUCGUUCCCGUUUCCCAUCACUCUCACCUUCCAUGGCCCUGUUAUUUAUUCAUUAUUGCUCUUCGGUUUCCUUUCUGAUUGUAUGUACACGUACCCCCCUGUUUUAGUUCAGCGUAUGGCUAGCGCAUGCACUCGCUUAGAAUACGAGGAUCCAUGAUACAUCAAGUGCAUUUUUGAGAAGGGAAUAGAUGAUAGCAAAUGUCAGUUUUGUCUUGAACUUUC